AUGCGCGUAGCGUGUUUGUACCGCACAGUGUCCGAGGACGCAGCGCUAGUUGUUGCCGGCACGAUCCCGAUUGAUCUGCUCGCCCAAGAGCGAAAGGAGAUAUAUCUCCAGAGCUCUGAGCUUGGGCUAGUGGACGCCGCGGAGCAAGUCCGCGAGCGAACCAUCGGGCGCUGGCAACAGCGUUGGGACGCUAGUCCCAAAGGACCGUGGGCCCGGCUCCUUAUCCAGGACCUGGGCCAGUGGUCGUCGCGUCGCCAGGGCAAGGUGACCUUUUACCUGACGCAAUUCCAGACAGGACACUGGUACUUCCGUAAGUACCUGUUCAGGAUGCGGAAGGUAGGCUCACCUCACUGCUUGCUUUGUAGCGCCGCAGAGGACGAUGUGCUCCACACCUUCUUCGUCUGCGAUUAUUUUGCUGACGAGCGGAGAGGUGUGGAGCGCGCCAUCGCCGACAGCAUCACCCCAGAGAACUUCGUCGGAUAA